CAAACAUUGUAGUCCCAGACAAAGUUAAAAGAGAAAAUUGCCACCUCUCCUAAUAUAAGUGGUCACCCUCUCUCCCGAAAGUUCAGUGUUUCACAGUUCUGCAUCACUUGCUCAGAAGAAAGCAUCCAAACAUGGUGAUCACAUCUACUGUCACACACCCAGAUGAACAAAGAGAGAGUUUGUGCUCUACUUUUGCUUCCAGAUAUGUGCGUGAACCAAUUCCCAGGUUCAAGAUACCAGAGAAUUCCACACCAAAGGAUGCUGCUUAUCAGAUAAUAAACGAUGAGUUGAUGUUGGAUGGCACACCAAGGCUCAACUUGGCCUCAUUUGUGACCACUUGGAUGGAGCCUGAGUGUGACAAACUCAUAAUGGCUUCACUUAACAAGAACUAUGUUGACAUGGAUGAGUAUCCUGUCACCACUGAGCUUCAGAACCGGUGUGUUAAUAUUAUAGCAAAUCUAUUCCAUGCUCCUAUAAAUGAAGAUGAGACUGCAGUAGGUGUGGGAACUGUGGGAUCAUCAGAGGCAAUAAUGUUAGCAGGUCUAGCUUUCAAAAGGAAAUGGCAGAGAAAGAGAAAAGCAGAAGGAAAACCAUAUGAUAAGCCCAACAUAGUUACCGGGGCUAAUGUGCAGGUUUGUUGGGAAAAAUUUGCAAGGUACUUUGAGGUGGAGCUCAAGGAAGUGAAACUCACUGAGGGAUACUAUGUGAUGGACCCUGUGAAAGCAGUUGAAAUGGUAGAUGAGAACACCAUCUGUGUUGCAGCCAUUUUGGGGUCAACUAUGACUGGAGAGUUUGAGGAUGUGAAGCUUCUCAAUGAACUUCUCACUAAGAAGAACAGUGAGACAGGGUGGGACACCCCAAUUCAUGUUGAUGCUGCCAGUGGCGGGUUUAUUGCCCCAUUUCUCUAUCCUGAUCUGGAGUGGGAUUUUCGUUUGCCAUUGGUGAAAAGCAUCAAUGUUAGUGGUCACAAGUAUGGUCUUGUCUACCCUGGUGUUGGUUGGGUUGUCUGGAGGAGUAAAGAUGACUUGCCAGAUGAACUUGUUUUUCACAUAAAUUAUCUUGGAUCUGAUCAGCCUACUUUCACAUUGAAUUUCUCCAAAGGAUCUAGUCAAAUUAUUGCUCAAUAUUAUCAAUUUAUCCGGCUUGGCUUUGAGGGCUACAAAAACAUCAUGGAAAACUGCUUGGAGAAUGCAAGAAUUCUGAAGGAAGGACUUGAGAGAACAGGCAGGUUUAACAUCAUCUCCAAGGAUAUUGGCGUGCCGCUUGUGGCCUUCUCUUUGAAAGACAGCAGCCAGCACACAGUGUUUGAGAUAUCAGACCACCUCAGAAAAUUCGGCUGGAUAGUUCCGGCCUACACAAUGCCGCCAGACGCGCAACACAUUGCAGUUCUCCGGGUGGUGAUCAGGGAGGAUUUCAGCCGCAGCUUGGCCGAGAGACUUGCUCAUGACAUAGAGAAAGUUGUGAAGCUCUUGGACGCGCUUCCAAGCCCCCUCUCUACCAGGGCUGCCCAUGUCACAGCCAUCACUAGUGAGACUAGUGAGAAAGUUAAUAAGAGUGCAUUAGAGACUCAAAAAGAGAUUGCUUUGUAUUGGAAGAGACUUGUGGAUGGCAAGAAACUUGGAGCAUGUUAGACUUACCAAAUCUUGGCCAUUUUUUUGGCAACUUUGUUGUGACUUGUGAGUUCAGGUGGUUGUUUCUUAUCUAUGUGCGAAUAUGUAUUAUUUGCAUAUAUGUCUGUGUAAUGGCUAUGUAGCAAUAAGCAAUGGCAUGCAUGACCUUGCCUAAGAGGAAUUUUUUUCUGUUUUAUGUUUUUGAGGUGGUAAUUUAAUCUUUAUAUGUGGACAGUGAGAUAUCAAAAUUGGUUGACAUUUGA